UCAAUCAUUCUUUAUUUAUUUAUUUUUUCUUUAUUCUUUAGCAGCUGAAUGAAAACGCAGGGCCUUGCAUUGCAUAAGAGAUGAUACAACCUGUAGAUGGGAAAAUUGAGGUUGUUCAUCUCAAAUAAGAGACACCUUCGGCGUAAUUAGGGUGUACCACCAUCAGGCCCUCUUCUCUAUCGUGGCAAACGAAAAAGCAACGAAUAUAUGAACGAAACGAAAUGAAAUAAUAAUAUAUUGCUUUGACAGAGAAAUUUAUAAUAUCUAGAAAAGUUUGACUAAUUGAGGCGGCUAGGGAAGACCAGGUCUGUAAUUUUGCCUUGAAGUUGUUCAUUACAUCCUUGGACCAUGUUCUCGGGAUGUGCUACAAGCCCUAUAGUUAAGUUUACCAAAACACUUCAGACUGCAACUGUCCCAUUGGAGAUUUUAAACAGUAAGGAUGAUCAAUUGGGAAUUGGAGGCUUAUCCCGACAUGAGUGACCUUGCCCUGGUGCCCUUCAUUGCUGUCAUGUUCUUAAUUGUCCGCUUUUUACUUGACAGAUUACUAUUAGAGAGAAUAGGUAAACUGCUUCUGCUGGGUUCUUCUAAAGGUUUAAGUAAGCAUGAACAAAAAGAGAGGAAGAAACGACAUGAAAAGUUUAAAGAGUCUGUUUGGAAGUUCCUAUAUUUCUUAUCAGCAGCGCUGUUUGAAUUGGCUGUUCUUUACAAAGAGUCAUGGUUCACAAACACAAGAAAUUUUUGGGUUGGUCCUGGUGAUCAGGUGUGGCCUGAUCAAAAAGUGAAGACAAAGUUAAAGGCGUUAUAUGUGUAUGCAGCAGGUUUCUAUAUCUACAGUUUUUUUGCAGCAAUCUUUUGGGAGACAAGGAGAUCAGACUUUGUGCUAACUAUACAGCAUCAUGUUGCAACCGUAGUUCUCAUUAUAUUAUCUUAUGUACUAAGGUUUGCACGAGUUGGUUGUGUGGUUCUAGCCAUACAUGAUGCUAGCGAUGUGGUCAUGGAGCUCAGCAAGAGCCUCAAAUACAUUGGCUAUGAUUUGCUCCCAAGCAUUACUUUCAUAAUUUUUGUCAUUUCCUGGCUUGUCUUACGCAUCAUUUAUUUUUCUAUCUGGGUCAUUUGGAGCACAAGUUACGAAGUUCUUCUGAUCUUGGACAAAAGAAAACACAGGAAUGAGCCUAUAUAUUACUAUGUGUUCAAUACGUUACUUAUCUGUUUAUUUAUUCUCAAUAUUUACUGGUGGCUUUUGAUGUAUCGAAUGUUAGUCAAACAGAUAAAGUCACAAGGGAAGGUUGGUGAAGAUGUGAGAUCAGAUUCUGAAGGAGAUGAUGAGAAGGAAGAUUGAAAUACAAUGCUCUCUGGGUUGAAAAGGAAAAUUCAAUUGAUUGGAACCAUAAGCAUAUGGAAGUAUUGCAUGUUCCUUUUGUCUUCUGGUGUUCUGGCUACAUCAUUAUCAGUUUGCUCUUUCAGAAUAUUAGUUAUUUCAUUAAUAAACAUGUGGUGUACUCCAUGCAUCUUUUCAUCUUGUGAUAUUUGCCAACAUGUAUGUGGGCAAUAUCAAUGAAAUUAACAAUCUAGUAAAAAUAAAAUGCUGGCUUCCUUUCUUAGUA